CUCAUCAGUAACUUACAAACAACUUAUUCACAACAAUGGCACAUAUUUCAAUGUUCUGCAUCAUCAUUGCUUGCAUCCUUCUUCCAAACAUCGUUGAAAUGAAGCCUUAUAAGAAAUCUGAGAAACUUCCAUUACAUUUCGAUGCGGAUGGAUCGUGGAAUAUCAAGUAUGGAUUGCUGACAGUGGGAAAGAAUCAGAAGGAAGUUGUGAAAGUCGCGUCUGGUCUGUGUGUCACAAACUUCGAUCUGUCGAAACCAACUACUGAGGAGUUGUCUGCGAAGAAGGGAUCUCGACAGGUGGACACUGUCUGUAAACGUCCUGAUCUGAAGAAGAUUGGUAAGAAGGUUGAAAGUUUGAAGAAGAAUAUCAAGGAGGCGAAGGAUGCGAAGACGAAGAAGGAUUAAAUGUGUGAUUGUUUGGAGGGAAUUUAGUGAUUUGUUGAUUAGACACGCU